AUGAUAUACCAUCUCUAAGCAACGCAAAGUAAAAAAAAGCCGCGUUUGUUAAAAAAUCCACAAAAACCGACCAAAAACAAUUGGAAAAGUAUUCAUUGUUGCAUUUACCAACGUCUGAAGCUACUGCAAUAUGGCUCUUGUUAAACCCAAAUCGGAGCUGACGCCCGAGGAACUGGCCCGCCAGGAGGAGGAGGAGUUCAACACAGGACCCCUGUCCGUGCUCACACAGUCCGUGAAGAACAACACGCAGGUGCUCAUCAAUUGCCGCAACAACAAGAAGCUGCUGGGCCGCGUGAAGGCCUUCGACCGCCAUUGCAACAUGGUGCUGGAGAACGUCAAGGAGAUGUGGACAGAGCUGCCGCGCACGGGCAAGGGCAAGAAGAAGGUGAAGCCCGUCAACAAGGAUCGCUUCAUCUCGAAAAUGUUUCUGCGCGGCGACUCUGUGAUCCUAGUGCUGCGCAAUCCCCUGGCCACAGCAGCCGGCAAAUAGACUGCACUGCCACCGAAGCAACCCACAACACGAAUAGAAUACUUUCCACUAAAGUCAAACAAAUAAAACCAAAAGCGAUUUUCUAUAA